UCAGGAAGGUGUUUUACUGUUUGCGUGUACCGUAAUACUCCUAAUAAACGCACACUUAUGUUUUCUGGUGCCUUGAAGGCUACUUUAUAAGCAGUGAUUUAUUUUAAUAACCUAAUAUAAACACAAUCAGUCAUCAGUUAACCACAGUCAACAGUUUUGUAGUGUAUUAGUAGGGCGUACUAGUCUCUGUCAGUCAGUAAAGCCUCUGACAAUAUCUGUUGUCCUAACUGUGGUUGUUUGAGGAAGGAGCUGAACCCGACGAGCUGCAGUAUUACGAAAUGGUCUGGAUCUGGAUUUCUCAAAUUAAUACCAUAAUGAUGAUGGAACCGUUGAUGUCUGUCAUCAUCUUGUUACGUUUGAACAGUGUGUUUGGUGAGUCAGUGUCCGUGCUGGAGGGAAAUCCUGUCUGUCUCCACACUAAUGUUACUGACAUGCAGAAAGUUUAUCUGAUAUGGUCGUACAGGAGUUCCAUUAUCGCUAAAUUGGAUGCAGCGACUCAGGAAAUCUCACUAUAUGAUGUUGAUGAAGGGAUAUUUGAAGACAGACUGCAGUUGGACAACCGGACUGGAUCUCUCACCAUCAAUGACAUCAGAACCAAACACUCUGGACUUUAUCAACUAAAGAUCAUCAGCCACCAAACCUUAACCAAGACCUUCAGUCUUACUGUACAGGAUGUGUUCUUUGCUGGUCUAGAAAACAAGAGAGAAGGAGAUUCGGUGACUCUAAACACUGGAAUAACUGAAAUGAAGAAACACAAUCUAAUGAUGUGGAUGUUUGGACCUUUAAAUCCAGACGUUCUUCUUGCAGAAAUCAAAAUAAACACUCAUAACAUCACGUAUGGUUUUGAUGAGAGAUACACAGACAGACUUCAUCUGGAUCAUGAGUCUGGAUCUCUAACCAUCAGAGAUCUCAAACCUACAGACACGGGAGUUUAUCAACUACAGAUCUCCAACAACAAAGAGACCAUAUACAAGAGAUUCAACGUGUUUGUUGAUGACGCAGAACCGGGACUGUCCUCGGGGUUCAUAGCUCUGAUUUGUGCUGCGGUCCUGCUGCCUGCGCUGGGGGUUCUGGGUGUGGUUUACUUUCGCUGCAAAUACUCCAAUCUCAAAGAUGAAAGGAAGACCGUGUCAGUGAUGGAGGGAAAUUCUGCCCGGCUAAAAACUGGAACGUCUGAAAUACAAAGAGAUCACGAGAUAGUCUGGAGGUUUGGAGCCAAAGGUCCCGUCAUCGCUCAGUUCCAGAAGAAGACUGAUAAUAUUUCAUAUAGUGAUGAUGAGAGAUUCAGAAACAAACUUCAUCUGAACCGAGAGACUGGAGAUCUCACCAUCAACGACAUCAAAAUCACAAUCUCUGGAGAUUAUCAUCUGGACAUCACCAACAGAACCAAAAUCAACAGAUCUAAGAGAUUCAAGGUUGUGGUUCGAGUGGACACACUGAAGGUCACAGAAGGAGAGACUGUUGAACUACAGACCGGCGUUUCUCAACUACAGAGCGAUGAGAAGAUCCAGUGGAGAUGUGGACCUAAAGAUGUCAUCAUAGCUGAAAUCGAUGGAAAGACCAAAGAGACGUCCUUCAACACCAAUGAUGAGCAAUUUAAUCACAGACUCCAUCUGAAUGAUCAGAGCGGAUCUCUCACCAUCACAAACAUUAAAAACACAGACGCUGGAGGAUACGAGCUACACAUCAAGAGCAGAAACACGACGUCAUAUAAGAGAUUCAACGUUCUCGUCUGGUUUCAUACAUUGAAGCACACGGCGGGUGAUUCUGUCACUCUUCACACGGGUGUCUGUGAGUUAAAGGGAGAUGAUCGGAUUCUGUGGACGUUUGGAGAUAAAAACACCACCAUCGCUGAAAUCAACCGGGCCGGCGGUCACGUGUGGGUGUAUGACGGUAAUGAUGAGAGGUUCAGAGACAGACUGAAACUCAACGAACAGAACGGAGAUCUGACCAUCACAAACAUCAGCAGAGGACAUUCAGACGUCUACAAUCUACAGAUCACAACCAGCGCAGACAACACGUGCACCAGCGCAGACAACACGUGCACCAGCACAAACAACAUGUGCAAGAGAUUCAUGCUCAUCGCAAACGAGAAACUGGAGUCGGUGAUGGAGGGAGAUUCAGUCACACUACACCCUGAUGAUGCUGACAUACAGAGAGAUGAUGUGAUGAUGCUGUGGAUGUUUGGACCGGAUGAUAAUCUCAUAGCUAAAGCUGAUCAAAACCAGAAGAUUCUUUAUGAUGGAGCUGACGGGAGAUUUAAAGAGAAACUCCAUCUGAACGAUCAGAGAGGAUCUCUCACCAUCACAAACAUCAACACUAAACACGCUGGACUUUAUAAACUACACAUCAUCAGCAACACACACACCAAAUACAAGAGAUUCAGAGUUACUGUUCGAGGUAAUAGAGAGAGAGACGGUUCUCAAGAUCUCACAGAAGGGAUUCCUUUACUUCCAGUAUAAACCUCACAUCAGCAAUAGUACGUCGUUUGUUUGUAAUGCCAACACUAUUUGAAAUGAACGAAUCCAGCAUUAUUUGUUGUUUUCUAGACAUUUAAGGCUUUGUUCACACUGCACAGAAUCUGAUGUAUCAGAAUGACGGAGUUCACACAGACAUUUCAGUCGACAGUCAUUCGGUCAGACAGGGUUUAUUCAACAAAAUGUGAAAACGUUAUCCUGCAUUAUGUCAACAUAAACUUGUUAUUAUCUUGAAAGUCAUAUUUUUUUACAUUGAAUGAAUGAGUGUUGGGAUUGGAUGUAUUCUUCUGUGGAAAGGGACUUUAUCACUAAUAUUGUCUGAAUAUUUAUUGUCCAAUGUAUGUUUCCAGUGGCCUAUCUUGAUGUUAUUUGUUACUGUAUGUUUUGUGUUGAUGAUCACUGAAGUUAGUAUUGAAAGGGAUCUCAUUUACAUAUUUAGAAAUCAGUACAAUGUGCAUGUCUGCCAUCACACGCUAACUAUUUAAAUGCAUUCAUAUAUCAUGACAUGGUGUAUUUGAUACCUAUAUACUUUUCCGAUAUGAACAUCAUUUGCACAGUAUGCAUUAUUACCAGUUAUUGUAUAAUAAGCACAUCAUUUGCACAGUAUCACAUUACACAAUAUACUGCAUAAUAUGCACAAUAUUUCUAUACAUUACUCAAAAUACAGAUUGUGCUCAGAAGCAGGUCAGUAUUCAGGUACAAGGUUUAUUAUAGAGGAGCUGUUCUCAGAUCAAUGUCUAAUGUUUUUUUUUUUUUAUAAAUGUACUGAUCUGGACACAAACGUGUGCGUGUUGGUUUAUUAUUAUUAUUACUCAAUAUAUGUGUCAGUAUAAUGUGAUGUUUUUAUGUAACUGCUUUGAUUAAUUCUGGAUUAUUUAAUAGGUGUUGGUGUACAGUGUUGGGUGUAACUAGUUACUAAGUAAUUAGUUACUGUAAUUUAAUGACUUUUCCCUUAAAAAACUAAAGUAAGGGAUUACUCUUAUUUUUUCUGUAAUUUCAGAUUUUCAGAUGUAAUUGAACUAAAUACUUUGUAAUGUAUACAAUAGUGGAAUAGACAUUAAAAUUCAAAAUCUUAA